GUUUACGUUUUUUGAGGCUCUUCUUUGGCCGGAAGCUCGUUUCGGAACGGAUACGGAAAGAAUGGCCACUACCAAGAUUGACCAGAAGGAGUACCUGAAACGCUACCUCUCCAACGAUAAGGAAAAGAAAAAGAAGAAGAAAAAGGAAAAGAAAAACAUCGGAAAGGCGACCGUACGAAUAAUCGACGAUGAUGUGGACUUUUCCAAAAUAGAGACAGUGCAGGAUGGCGAAGUGGAUCUGUUUGCGCUGGGUGAGGAAGCCCCACAAGUGGUGGGCAUCAUAGACGAGCGACCGCCGGAAUUGCGAGCGAAAGAGGACUUCAGCAGCAACAAGUGGAAGGUAGUAGCCUCCAACGAUGGCUUCGAUUCGACGCUUCAGGUGCACGACGUUAGCGGUCGUCCAACUGGCUCCAGCAACGGACGGACGGGAAGAGCAGUACAACUGGAUUCAGAUGAAAGUCCUCCGCGAAAAAGUCGACGGGAUUCAGACAACAGUCCUCCUCGGAGGCGCCGUAACGAUUCUGAUGAAAGCCCUCCGCGCUCUCGCCCUAAGGAGGUUCGUCGGAAACGAGCAGAUUCUGAUGUAAGUCCACCACGGCACAACCGCAAGGAUUUCGACGACGAAAGCCCACCACGGCGCGGUCGGAACGACCGACGGCGACCAGAUUCAGACGAAAGUCCUCCGAGAGGAAGAGGUAAGACGUCUGAUAAAACAACUUCCAAACGUACCACCAACCGUCAUGAUUCCGAUGAGAGUCCUCCGAGAAGAACGACGAAAGGCAAGGCACCGACCGACCGGCACCGACGUCAUUCCGAUGAAAGCCCCCCAAGACGUGGCAAAGAUUCGCACAGAGACAAACGGGAGCAGCGUGACCUAGGUAGAUCAGCUCAUCGACAUGAUUCAGAUGAAAGCCCUCCUCGAAAGCGCAGAAGCGAGAAAUCUCCUUCCAAUCAGCGUAGCGAACGUGAUCGUGAUCGUGAUUCGUACUCGAAAAGUCACCGCAAACGUCACGAUUCCGAUGAAAGCCCUCCGCGACGCAGAAGAAACGAUUCGCCGAAUGAUACGAGAAGGAAAAAUCGUCAGGCUACGUUAGAACCACCGGUACGCAUUAAGCAAGAACCCCAAAGCGAUUCGGAUCUCUCACCACCACGGGCGUCGGCACGACGACGUGAUUCAGAUGAAAGUCCACCGAGAAGAGGAACGACACGGAGACGCUCGAAAAGCCCAGCUUUACGCAAACCACACAAGCCAGUCCUAAUGAAGGAUGAACGAAGCUCUCGAUCCCCAUCAAACCGCCGCUCACCGUCACCAGUUGCAGGGUCGAGUCGGAUGACAAAGACCCUUGAUGGGAAGCGAGCCGGUCUGCAAGAGGCACGUGCGGUCCGUGAGGAGAACGAGCGAUUCCGUCAAAGGGAGAAGGAAAUGUUCGAGAAAAUGUCAUCGGAUGUUACGGGACGAUACGCAGAAACGGUGUCCCGGGGUAGAUCCCGGCGAGAUAUUGAAAAGGAGCUACGGGAGGAGUUCGAAAAGCGAAAACAUGAGGAAAAGAAGAAGGAAAUCUACACUCGAUGGGGCAAAGGAGUUAAACAAGUGGAUGAGUAUAAUGCUCGCCUUCAGGAAGCGGCUCACGAGAUGGAUAAACCACUUGCACGCUACGCGGAUGAUGCAGAUUUGGACGAGUAUCUGAAAAAACAGGAUCGCCUGGGUGACCCAAUGCUGGACUACUUGCGCAGCAAGCGAAAGGAGGAAAACAAGCGGGCUGGCAUCCCGGAAAAGCCGACGUACCAGGGAGCAUUUCCGGACAAUCGAUUUAACAUACGACCCGGAUAUCGUUGGGAUGGCGUGGAUCGGUCGAACGGCUUCGAGAAGCGUUGGUUUGAGACAAUGAGUAAGAAGAAGGCAGGCGAAGAGGAAGCGUACAAGUACAGCGUGGAGGAUAUGUAGAGGAUAGACUUUGAAAGAAACGAAAUAAACAAACAACUUUAGAAAAAU